AUUUGUGUGCAUCGAAGUCGGAUCAUCUGUUCAUAGAACGUUGAAUUCGAAUGUUUUUUUAAUUGACAAUUACAAAUGCAACAUUUAUUUGAAAGUAUAUAAUUUGAUCAGGAUAUUAGUCAAAAUAUACCUCAUUUUUGUGCUCCAUAUUUGGCUUUGAUUAAGCAUGUCUUUAUUCCGGUUCUGUGUUUUGCGAAGUUUAGUACUAAUAUGCUCUCUAUCUUGGUGCAAAGCUGCUUAUGCAGAAGAAUGUCCACCAGUUGAAGAUGCUUAUCCUUGUUACUGUGAAGAAGAAGAUGAAAUUACCGUUAUGUAUUGCAACCAUCUGAAUGAGUCGAGUCAAAUCAAAGGGGCGCUCAGUUCGCUAAAUGAAUACAAAAUAUUCAAACUUUCAUUUUACAAGUUUCAUUUCGACAGUAUCAAAUCGGAUGCAUUUCGUGGUCCAGCAAUCAACCAAAUCAUAUUCACCAAUUCAUCUCUGAAGAUGGAACAACCACAAUUUCUUGGCCUGGAGACGUCACUGACCAGACUUACGUUUUUGUCUUGCUUUAACCAAGAAUCUCCUUUCAUUUCUUGGUCUUUAAGUCAUCUGGAGAAACUUAGAGAUUUGACAUUUGACAGAAACUCUAUACCGAUCUUGAAGGAAACGUGGCUGACUUCGACCCCUGCAAAUCUGCGCUCUCUUACUUUCAGCGAAUGUUCCAUUGCGGAACUUGGAAAAAAUGUCUUUGCAAAGCUUUCAAAUCUGGCAAAUAUUUUUCUCAAUGACAAUGGUAUUUCAUCUGUCUCGAGGAGCAUGUUUCCAAAUCCAGCAGAAAAUCUUCGAACGAUUAAUUUAGAUGAUAACAAUUUAGAAACCUUGCCUGACAACAUGUUUGAAGAAAUGCCGAGCCUUAAAACAGUUGGCCUGGGAAACAAUAAAUUGAAAUCAUUGAGUGAAUCACUGUGGUCUCCAAUCAUUGAAAGUCUGUCGAAUGUGCAUUUGGAAGGUCCCCAACAUUGAAAAUUGCUAUCUUGAAGACCAAAUUGGAAAAAGACAGCUGCUCACUUGAAUAAAAA